ACGCUGUUUACUGUGUCGUGUUGGGAACUUGUUCUAAUUUGGUUUUGUAAUUUCUCUCGUUUGUCUGACUUCCUCAUAUAUUUAUCAGCUUCUGGGUCUGUACCGUUAGGGUCUGAUUUUAUGAAUAUAUAUAUUACUAAAAUAUCUAAUUUUUUUUUUCAGAUGAGCGGGAGGACGUACAAAAGAAAACUUUUGCCAAAUGGAUAAAUUCUCAACUAGCAAAAUGUAAUCAACACAAUGCGAUCAACGACUUAGUCACAGACUUACAAGAUGGUACAAAUUUACUGUCGCUACUGGAAAUACUCACCGGCAAAGAAUACAAAAGAGAAAAAGGGCGAAUGAGGGUGCAUAAAUUAAAUAACGUAAAUAGAGCCCUUCAAAUCCUCGAACAGAAUAGUGUAAAAUUAGUGAACAUAAGUAGUAACGAUAUUGUAGAUGGGAACCCGAAAUUAAUUCUAGGAUUGGUUUGGAGUAUAAUUCUUCAUUGGCAGGUGCAUUGGUCACUCAAGGAACUCAUGACUGAUGCAGAGCAGACUAAUUUGGAAAAAACUUUGUUGAUGUGGUGUAAACAAAAUACCCAAAAAUACAAUGUAGAAAUAAAUAAUUUUACUACAUCCUGGUCAGAUGGAUUAGCAUUCAAUGCACUCAUUCAUAACUUUCGACCAGAACUUUUCGACUAUGCUAAUGUUGCGAGACGACAACCAAAUGCAAGACUUAAUCAUGCUUUUAAAAUUGCACAAGAAUUUCUGAACAUAGAAAGGCUCCUAGAUGUUGAAGAUGUUAAUACCUCAGUGCCUGACAAGAAGUCUAUAAUGAUGUACGUGAUGUGCUUAUUUCAAUCACUACCUCAUUCAGCAUCUGCGAGUGAUUCUGCAGAGGGUCAACAGAUGGAGUGUGAUAACAGUAACAGUAGGCCAUUAAGUUUAGCUACUAAUGUCUCUGUCGAGCUUGGAGGGUAUCAAGUUGCCCUAGAAGAAGUUUUGACUUGGCUUUUGGAAGCAGAGGACCGCUUGAACAUGGACCAGCCGAUAGCCGAGACUCUAGAAGAUGUCAAGUUGCAGUUUAAUGAGCAUGAGGCAUUUAUCAACGACCUAUAUCGACAUAGGGAAGGUGUUGGUGCAGUUCUAGAAGAAGGAGUGAGAAUGCUUAAUGAGGGAGGAUUAACAAGAGAUGAAGAAGAAGAAGUUCGAAUUCAGAUGAAACUGUUGAAUUCUAGAUGGGAAACUCUGCGUGUUAACGCAAUUCAAAAGCAAUCCAGAAUUUAUGAUGCAGUUGGGUCUCUCCAAGAUGAGAAAGUAAAUUCUUUGAGGCAAUGGAUGACACAAAUAGAGGAUCGUAUUUCUAGGAUGUCAGAAGUUGGAACUAAUGUAAUUUCCCUUAAAGAGCAAAUGGAAACUCAUAAUCAACUGCAACAAGACAUUAAGAAACAGCAAACUCAUUCUCAAAUAGAAGACCAGCUGGCUGCGUUGGCAGAAAGAUGGGCUCACAUAUGCCAGUGGGCUGAAGAGAGAGGUGCAAAGCUCCAGACGAUGACUAACAAAAUUUUUGAGCUUGAUCAUAGUUUAACCUCACUCGAAUCAUGGAUCAAUCAGCAGGAGGACAUGUUAAAGAAUAUGGAAGCCCAUCCCGUCUCCGAAAUAGGAGAAAUUUUAGAAAGGAUUAAACAUCUCCAGAUUUUAAAACAUAACAUGGAUAUUAAGUAUAACAAACUAAUGAGCCUUCACGAUAGUAUUCAAGAGCUCUCGGUGAUCGACCCUGAAGGGGCGAAAGACUAUUUGUCUCGAUGGGAGACCAUCUCUGACAGCUGGGAUGCCUUGACGAUGAUUAUGGAUGUUCAGGCUCACAGAAUAUCGAGUUCAGGAUUUGAAAUUAGUUUGACUCCUGGAGUAUCUGACAAACCACCCCUUGUUGAAAGCACCCAUGCUUGGCAAACCCCAGUAGAACAAACACAUGAAAUACAAGAAAUAGGGGCACAAUUACGUAGAGUUGAGCACGAUCUAACUGCAAUUUCAAAUUCCCUUAACACUGACACACUCAAUUUGGAUGAGUGCAAUGAAAUGUUACGCUCUUUGAGAGAAAAAGAAAAAGAGACUCGAAGAUUGUGUGAAACAUCUACAGAAAUAGCAAAUAAAAGACCUUGCGAAGAAACUCAUUCUCUAAGAGAAAAAUCAUUUCAGUUUUCUAGUUUGAUAAGUGACAUGAUUGAAAAACUUGAAAAUGAAGAAAGAAAAUUAUCCUCUUCACUUAAUGAUAAGAAUAAAAUGCAAGUUGACCCAGUUGAAUCUAAAAUGAAUGGCAUAGCGAUGGAAGUAUCAGCUUCAGAACCAACAGAGCAAGAAAUGAAGAUGAUUCCUGAAUUAUCUCCUAAUGAAAAAGAAGCUCUGAAUAAUGUACUGACCAGUGUGGAAGAGAUGAAGGAAUGUGUGAUGUCAAUCAAGGACAAAUGUCAUGUUGGGGAAAUAGUCGUCAAUAAUUCUGUUGAACUAUUCAAGUUGAAGGCCAAGUAUCAAGGUUUGAAGGAUGAAGUUGAUAGAAAGAGUUGCGAAUACAGGCUACUAUAUAACAAAGCUUUGGUGUCUCAAGAAACGGUUUGGUUGGAUAAACUGGAGAAGAGACUUAGAAAAUCUCCAAAAUCAGCUGCUGAUGCUGAAGAGAUUUCCCAAGAUUUGGAUGACUUGGAAAAUUUCGUCCGCAACCAUUCAGAAUCAAGAGUUGACAGAAUCGAAGAGUUCGGUCAAAUCCUUAUCAAAGACCAUGUUAUGGAAUCGAGUAUACAGAAUGAUAUGAAGUCAGUAGUGACCAGGUGGAAUCAUCUUUGCCAAGAGGCUAAAGAUCGAGCUAAUAUUUUGGAGAAGUCAGUCGAAGAAGCACAACAGUCAGAAACCAACAUUGCCAAAUUCCAAGAUUGGCUUUCUCAUGUCCAUGCUCAGAUUAUUUCAAGAAUGGAAAAUGACUUGACCUCUGAUGAUUUACCUGACGAUGUGCAAAGGUUAGUGGAUGAGUUUGAUAAACAGGCUAACACAUUAAAGGACAUGGAGGAUGAAAUAAAAUAUUAUGAAGCAGAAGGAAAAGUUGAAGCUGCUUCCCGUCUCCAAGAACAAAUGGUUCUUCUGAGAAAUCAGUUCAUGGAAGUGAUGGAAAAAUUUGAAGAUUGGAGGUGUGCAAACAAUGUUGAACCACAUUUGUGUAGGGCCCUUCGUGAACUCCGUGGGGUUGAAGAAGCAUCUUGUCUGUUGGAACUUGCUUCUGAUGACCCUGAAGCGAUACAAGGGCAACUGAACCACUGCAUGAGGUUCUAUCAAAUGCUGAGUGAUCUGAAAGGAGAAGUUGAAAAUAUCAUCAAGUCUGGUAGAAAAAUGGUUGAGGAUAAGAGUGUCCCCGAUCCAGAGCAGUACACUCUUGGAGAAGAAAUAACUGUCUCGAAAAGUAAUUUAGAAAAAGCAUUGGAAGUAUCACAGACCCUUAACAUGGAUUUGAACAGCCUACAAAGCUGGGUUCAAGCUGUUACUAAUGAUUUAGACCAAGUUGAGGCCACUCCUGCCUCCGACCGUGAUAUUAAAGCCGAAUUAAGAUUCGUAAAGGAAACAAUAGAAGAGUGUAAAAAGCAAGAGACUCUUCAAGGAAAAGUGCAAGAAAGCUAUAACCAAUUCAUCAAGUUCUGCGAUCCUUCCUACUUAGACACUCUCAAAGAGAGAAUGUCUGAAGCUUUUAACAAGCUAGGAACUAUAAAGAGUCGCUUAAAUCAAACUAUUGAACAACUUGAGGGAAUUGGCAAAACUGUUGCUGUUGUAAGUAAUAAAAGUAUAAAAGAAGAAAAAGCCGAGAAUAACCAACCAGAUCAAACUUUUUCAAAAGAUAUACCUACUAUAUCUGUUACAGAAGUCAAUGAACAAGCUGAAAAUGCUAAUGAAAAGAAAGAUUUAUCUGGUAUUUCUAAUCCAGCAUUUGAUGAUGGAGAUGUAGAAAUGAAAUCAGUACCACGUGCUAACAACCAAACAAACAGGUGUAGUGUUUAUGAAAAUGUUGACUAUAUUCAAACAAUACCUGAAGAGGUUGAAACUUCGGAAGAAGUUUCCUCUAAUCAUUCAAAAGACAAAACCUCUGAUUUUAAAAAGAAAGAAACCGGUAGCGCUGAACGUAAAUGUCAGAUGGUAGAGAUAAAAACCAUUGAAAUUACAAAAUCUUGUGUUGCCUCUUUAGAGCAUGCAGAGCAUACUGUUAUCGAACCUGAGUCAGUCGAGAUUGUGGAAAUCAUAGACUCAGGUGCUGAUGAAUCAGAUUUUACAGACCCUGAAGACAAGAGAUCUCCAGCUACUGUACGUAGGGUUGUUGAUCCAAAGAACAGAAAAAAUCUUGCUCCUGGAGAAAUUCUAGCCAAGAGACAAAAAUUAGCAUCUGAUGAAGCUCUCCGGAACAGCAAUGAAAAUUUGAAAGCUAAAAUGAAUAUAGACCCUGACUCAGUGACUGAUAUAGAAAUAACUGAUGUUAUUAACACCUCAGAAAAUAAUGUUAGUGUUGUUAGCAAUGAUAUACCACCAGUAUGUUUAACCAUCUCUGACAAAAUUAAUCACACUGAGCAAACAAAGGUUACGGCCAUGAAUAAAACUGAAAAGUUACAUGCGGAUGAAGUAAUGUUAAGAAAAGAGGUUCAAGUAUCAAAAACAUAUGAGCUGAUAGGAAAUUUUCCAACAUCUCAAGAUCUUGAUGUUCCUGUACUUGAAGAUUGUGAUAGUUUCUAUGGGAGCGAUAAAGAAACAGAUGAUGUCGUUGUCUUUUCUGAAGAUGAAGUGAAGAUUGUAGAUGAUAGUUCGGAUGACGAUGUUGAAAUGGUGCAAAACACUGACACCACUACUCAGCAAGGUAAGCCACCCUUACGAAUGGAAAAUGGAAUAGAUAAAUAUUCAGUGAUGAAAGUUCAUGCAGAUUCACCCAAUUCUCCUAGCCUUCCUUUGGAACAGGAAGUGGCAGAGUAUGAAGAAGCAGCUUCUGAAAUGAUGGAUAGGAUGGGUACCAUGCUGCAAACAAUAAAGGGUGUUUCAAAAGAAAAAGACCCAGGCCGUCGAUUAGAGAUACUGGAGAGUGAAUUGAGCCAACUAGCACCGGAUGCUGCGACACUGAUCAGUAGAGGAGAUGGCUUGGUUUUGAAAGUACAUUGUGUUAUGCCUGAAAAGGCUCUUGCUUUAAAAACAACCUCUCAGAAUAAGCUGAGAGCUAAAUGGGCAGAAGUAAUGCAACAGACUGAGGCUCAAAAGUUGGAUGCUCAGAGAGCUGAUGUUCUUCUAAUUGAACAUCACAAGCUAAUAACAAAUAUUAACACAAAGAUAACUAAUAUCAAUCUGAAGUUAGGACAAGCUAACAAUGACGAAGCCAAGUUACAGGAAGUAAUGGUGGAAUACGGAUCAUGUGAAGAAUCAAUGUCCCGACUUUUUGAAGUGACCAAAGAUUUAUCUAAUCUUCAAGUUGUAACUGACAGCAAAGAGCUUGCUGCUGCUUGGAAAGCUUUGAGUGACAAAUUUAAUACCUUGAAGAAAAGUCCAAAUCUUAAAGAUAAAUGUAUACUUAUGCCGGAUAAGGAUAUGAUGGAUUCACCAGCUGAUUAUAUUGCUCAUGUUAACAAAGUUAGAGAAGCAAUAUCUAUUGUUGCAAGGAAAUUAAAACAGCCACCUUUGUCAACUGAUUUUGAUCCUUUCCACUUACAAGAAGAAGCUCUAAAGGGAGUUAAAGAUAAACUGAACAGACUUAAAAGUGAAGUCGAUAAAGUAGACCAAAAAAGAAAUAGGAUUCUUAGGAAAGUUAGUGGAGAAGGCCGUGAAAAUGUUGUAAAAGCGGUAGAGAGGCUAAAACAAGAAUGGGAAUUAGCUAAUACUAAUUUAACUGACCGAUAUAGUCAUUUAACUAAGUGCAAGGAACAAUGGGAAUCUUUGCGAAAGAACUGUGAAAAAUUCGCUGAUUGGCUAUCCACCAUGGAAACAGCCACCAAAGAUUUGGAUACUAACAAGCAAUCUGCUCUAGAAGUUAAAGCAAAGUUAAGAGAUUUAGAGAAACAAGCAACAACCAAAACUGGCGUGAUGAAUAGAAUAGUCGGAGCUGGUAGAGACAUGGUUGCUCUUGGUGGAUCACAAGCUAAAGAAAUGUGGCAGACUGUGGAGUCUUUGCGCCAUCGCUGGAAUCAUCUUUUAACCCAAUUCAAGAGUAUAAGAGAAACGCUUGGAAUGAUGCAAGGCACUAAACAUGGUGCUAAAGGUGCCGUCGAAUCAGCUACGGCGUGCCUAGACCAGGUGAAGUCCCUGCUAUCCUCGCAGGCCAAUCCAUCGGACGAGGCAGCGCUGUCAGUCAGAAUGUCCUUGGUUAAGUCAUUGCAAGAAGACCUUUCUAAAAAGAAAAGGGAAUUGGAAAGCCUGCAAUCAAAUGGAGGGCAGACAGAACAGUUACAAAUGUUAAUUACAAACAUAAAUAAGGCUCAAGAAAAUCUCUCUGAACACAAAGAUUACCUCAGUAGUAAGAUUAAUUCAUUGCAAAGGCUUUUAGCACAGCUUGAAUGUGUAAUGGCCUGGGUUAAUGAAGUGAAAACGAGAGUCAAUAUAAGUAAAGAAUUAUCGCCUGCGGAGAGAACCAGAAUUCUUGAUAACAUCAUGACUUGUAUUUAUGAUCGUGAGGCUGAGGUGAAAGAGGUCAAAGAAAACUUCAACAAUUUAGACAAAGAAUGUAGAGGGGAUAUGCCUGCUGAUUUGAGGGAGCAAAUAAGAAAGCUCACUGAAAAUUGGCAGUACUUGAAAAAUCGUGGUGAACUAACUCCUUCAAAGAUUCCAGUACUCCAGUCACCUAUUAUGAAACGUCAAGCCAGUCCAUUGAUUCGUAGAAGCCCGGCACUUAGCAAGAAAUCUGAGUCCGAGUUGCUGACAUCUUCACCAUCGCUAACAGUCAAAGUACCACAGGGCUGUGGAGUGCAUGCCUACCGUGCUAAAUGGCUUGGGUUAGAGGAACCCUUGUGGGAUGAGAUGCUUAAAAUUCUCCCCGUCAGCUUAAGCAGCUCUCACCAGCGUCUUGGGAAUGUAAAGGUCCGUUUUAAAAGUGUUUCUACGUACCCUCGUCCGGCCGUCUUCCGUUCACUCGUAUUGAUAAACACUUGGGAUCAUUUUCACCUUUUGAUAAUAAAAUUAUAA